AUUCGUCUGAAGCUGUUCUGGGCUGGCCAUCAAGGUGUAUCAAGACUGUACCUAAAUUCAAGAUCGAGUCUUCGUCCACAACCUGAUAGUCGGACCUUUGCCGAGCACCGCGAUUAUGCCUCUCCAUCUCCUAGGCAAAAAGUCAUGGAACGUCUACAACCCCGCUAACAUCGCCCGGGUGCGGCGCGAUGAAGCCGAGGCAGCGGCUCGGGAGGCCGCGGAAGAGCAGCGCAUGCAAGAACUUGACGCCGCGCGCCGUCUAGCCAUACUGCGCGGCGAGGUCCAGCCUCCACUUGAAGAAGGAGAACCUGACGCAGCCGCCAUCCCGCCAGUCCGGGACUCAAAUGACCGCCGGGGCUUCGGGCGCAAGCGCAAGCGCCAUGGUGAGGAUGACACUGACUUUGAGAUGCGCCUCGCACGAGAGCGCGCUGCAGCCGGCGACCACGCCGCGCGAGAGCUAGAGCUAGCUCCCAACACCCACCCUGCUGCCGCCCCAGCAUCGCUGGUCGAUAGCAAGGGGCACAUUUCCCUUUUUCCCGAAGUCGAGACCGGCCGAUCGCGCGAGAAAAACGAGGAAGUCACCAAGGAGGCCGCGCGUAAAGAACGUGAGCUCAAGGACCAGUACCAGAUGCGCUUCGUGAACGCCGCUGGCCGAGACGGGCAGGGGCUGACGGACGGCGGGCCGUGGUAUGCCUCGGCCGAUGGCGAAGCCUCCGGUGCCCUGGUGCCGAGUAAGAAUGUAUGGGCGAGGGAGGACCCAGGGAGGAAAGUCAGAGAGGCCGCGAGGCUGGAUGCGGGUGACCCGCUCGCGAUGAUGAAGAAGGCCGCGGCGAAGGUGAGGGAAUUAGAGCAAGAGCGGAAGAAGGAAGUGGAGAGGAGAGAGAGGGAAUUGAAGAUGCUCGAGGAUGAGGAGAAGCGGGAAUGUAGGAGGAGGGACAGGAAGAGGAGGAAGGAGGGUGAUGGCGAAAAUAGGAGAGAACGGCCAUCCAGUGUGGAUAAGAGGGCCGACAGCUCAGUAAGACGUGAGCACUCCCACCGGGGACAUGAUCGAGAUCCUGGAAGGCAUAGAGAUCGAAGCGAGGAGCGGGAGAGGCACAAUCGUGGUAGGAGGUUUAGCCCGGAUAGAGGCCGUGACCCAGAUAGGCACGAGCCUUCUCGUAGGCACCACGAGGAACGGCACAGACAUCGAAGCAGGGAGCGAGGGGGUCGAGGGGGUCGAGGGGAAGAGGGCAGUCAUGAGAGACGGCGCCAUAGGGACGAGGAGAGACGCCAUCACCACCACCGUGACUAUAGCAAAGAGACACCUGGACACGGGAGCGACCAUCGCUAGGACCUUUAACGAACAUACAAUAGGUAUCCACAA